AUUUUUCUCCUUGCAAAAAGGGGACUCAUAAAAAAGGAACAAAAUUUGAUAGCCACAGGACACGGAGGCAACCUGCGCGCUUCCCGCGCUCCGGGUCCUCCUCCCAGCCGCUAGCCCCAUUUCUCAGAGGUCACUAGGUAAUAACUGGCUCGAGGGAACAUGGCGGCGGAGGGAGAGGCCCUGAUGGCAGCGGAAAGGGCAGAGACGUCGACUGCACCGGCGGUGGCGACGGAGUCAGGAGCCAACGGGAAAGCGGCGGCGAGCGGGAAGCCGGCGAUGGUGCUGGGGAUCGACGAGAGCGAGCACAGCUACUACGCGCUGGAGUGGACGAUCCGCCAUUUCUUCGCCCCCGGCCAGCCGCAGCAGUACCACCUCAUCGUGGUCAGCGCCAAGCCCCCUGCCGCCUCCGUCAUCGGCAUCGCCGGCAUAGGCACGGCGGAGCUUCUCCCGAGGGUGGAGCUCGACCUCAAGCGCGCCUCCGCCAGAGUCAUCGACAAGGCCAAGGAGCACUGCUCACAUGUGGCCGAUGUCAGCUAUGAAGUGAAAGAGGGCGACGCGAGGAAUGUGCUGUGCGAGGCAGUUGAGAGGCAUCAUGCAGACAUGCUGGUUAUGGGCAGCCAUGGCUACGGCGCUUUCAAGAGGGCCGUCCUUGGGAGCGUGAGCGAUUACUGCACUCACAACGCGCAUUGCACCGUGAUGAUAGUGAAGAAACCAAAGCACCAUAAGAAGCAUGAACAAUUGGGGUUCCAUAGAAAGGAGGCUUGAAAAAGUUUUUAAAGCCCUUAGGUUAGAGAUAGAUAUGAAAGGGGUUUAGGCAUGCGUGUUCAAGUAUUAGCUGAUUGCCUUGUAGAUCAAUGUGUGGUCUCAUCGCGAACUGAGCUAAACUCAGAUGGUUAGGUUCCUUAUGUUGGAACCAACCCAAUAGGGUUCAACUCCUAGACUUGGCACUAGUGGUCACAUUUUUCUGGAUUUAUUUCAGGCCUUGCGACAAUGCGUAUUCAGUGAGAGUCAUUACGAAGGCGCAUGCGAUGACUUUGUCAAUUUCAAGAUGUUGUGCCGACUCAA